UUGUUGUGCAGAGCUGCAGAAGGCCUGACAGAGCCAGCUAGACAGAGAGGAAAGGGUGAAAUGCAUCGACAGAGACAGACACUCUGUGGAUCGAGAGCCUGUGAAUAGAUUUCAUCACCCGGUUCAACCAGCGACACCAGAGAAGAAGGAAACAAAGAAAAGAGGGAGACAAGAAAAAAGGCGCUUCAGUGAAAGAAGGGAAAGUGAGAGAGAGAGAGGCAAGGUGAAGGAGGAGAAGGAAGGAAGGAAAGGGAGGGAGGAAGGAGGCUCAGACAUGAGGAGGGGCGCCUGACUGACAUUGCUGCUCUCUCUAUCAACUCACACACACACACAGGGACAUAGGCAGACACACACAGACUGCACAGUAGCUGCUCUUUUAUCACCCUCUGUGGAGCCUCGUCCCCCAUCCUUUCUUCUCUUUAGAGUGAGAGGACAUAAGACAGAGAGGAAGGAAGAGCAGGAAGAGGAGGAGGAGGAAAAAGACGUGAAGGAGGAGAAGGAGGGGAGGCAGUAACCCUCUCCUCUCCUUUACUCAGACACACAACCGGGGGUGAUAGAGAAGAGCAAAAAAACAAGAGGUGUGGGGGAAAAAGGAGCUUUCUGUUCCAUUUCGCCGUCUCCUGUGGUCCCUCGGCCAGAGAGCGGCUAACAGGCACCGCUCAUGUCCGUGAACUCGGAGAAAUCCUCGUCCCCUGAAAGGCCUGACACCCAGCAGAAAGCCCCGGUGAGUGCUCCUCCUCCCCCACCGCCCCCUCCACCUCCCCCUGAGCCGGCUGGGCCCCCAGAGCCGGAGGAGGAGAUCCUGGGCUCCGACGAUGAGGAGCAGGAGGACCCGGCGGACUACUGCAAAGGAGGGUACCAUCCGGUGAAGAUCGGGGAUUUGUUCAACGGGAGGUACCAUGUGAUCAGGAAGUUGGGGUGGGGCCACUUCUCCACCGUAUGGCUAUGCUGGGACAUCCAAGUGAAGAACUUUGUGGCGAUGAAGGUGGUGAAGAGCGCUCAGCAUUACACAGAGACGGCCUUGGAUGAGAUCAAACUGCUGCGAUGUGUGAGAGAGAGUGACCCCAGCGAUCCCAAUAAGGAUAUGGUGGUACAGCUGAUAGAUGACUUCAAGAUUUCAGGAGUCAACGGGAUACACGUUUGUAUGGUGUUUGAAGUGCUGGGUCAUCACCUGCUGAAAUGGAUUAUUAAAUCCAACUACCAAGGUCUCCCGUUGCCGUGUGUCAAGAGUAUUAUCAGACAGGUCCUGCAGGGCUUGGACUACCUCCACACGAAGUGUAAAAUCAUCCACACAGACAUAAAGCCGGAGAACAUCCUGAUGUGUGUAGAUGACGUCUUUGUUAGGCGUAUGGCCAUGGAAGCAACUGAAUGGCAGAAAGCUGGAGCUCCACCACCAUCUGGAUCAGCAGUUAGCACAGCCCCCCAGCUCAAACCGGUGAGUACAACAGAUGUUGGAAAGAUCUCCAAGAACAAGAAGAAGAAGCUGAAAAAGAAACAGAAGCGGCAAGCCGAGCUUCUGGAAAGGCGAAUGCUGGAGAUUGAAGCCCUGGAGAGGGAGGCAGAGAGGAGGGAAGAGAAGGCCAAAGAAGGAGGGGAGAAGGCGCCGCUCGACCACAACCUGCCUUCACCACUGCAGCCGCCGCAACCGCCUGCGGGCCACAGCACGUCCCUGGGAGACAGCGACGAUGACGACGACGAUGAGGAGGACGGAGAGGACGAGGAGGAGGAGGAGGGAGGAGAGAGGCCCAUCAGGCUGACUAAUCAUACAUGUGCAGCGCCUCCCCAGGAGCAGAGCGAGGCAGCCCACAUCACAGAUGAUGACCCUGAUGAGGAGGUGGAGGAAGAAGAAGAGGAACCUACGCCUGUCGCUGAAAAAGAUGCCCCUAUUCCCCCCGCCUCAGAGGAAGGCAGCGGAGAUCCAACACAAGCAGAGGUUGAGCCAGAAGAGGCAGAGGAGGAAGAGGGAUUAAAAGGGACAGAGAAUGAGAAUGAGGAGGAGGAAACAGAAGAGAAGGUAGCAGAAGAAGAAGAGGAGGAGGAGGAGGAGGAGGAGGAGGAAGAAGAAGAAGAAGAAGAAGAAGAGGAGGCUAAAGAGACAAAGGAGCCAAAGAGUGAGAGCAAAACAGAGCAGGAGGUGGUGGUGGUGGUGGAAGAAGAGGUUUCAAAGAAGCAAGAGGGGGAGGGGGAGGACGAAGAAGAGGAGGAGGAAGAGGAGGAGGAAGAUGAGGAUGAUGACACGACUACUGACCUCCUCACAGAUAACACCUCCCCCAUCAAAUCCCACAACAAUAAAACCAAUUCGGUCAAAACCAACGGCCAUGUUUUGUUAGGCUCUGAGGGACUGAAACCAAACCCAGGCACGCCUCCGCCUCCUUCCCCCACCCCAGAGCCUCUUCUCUGCCCCCUGGUGGAGUCUGAGCUCAGCUACACAGACAGGGACAACUCUCUAAGCUCUGGUUAUGAGAUGUAUAACGGCGAGCUUGGAGAGCCAGGACUCACCAAUGGCUCCAGUGAGCGGCACCUAGGUACAAUUCCCAUCUUUCCCGACUUGCCUCUGGAUCCCGAGCCGGGAAACACCAUUUGUGUUGGUACGGCAGACAUUGAAGCAGGACCUUCACCCAACAGCCCCACUGCAGACCGCAGUCGCACUGUGUCCUCCUCGAGCACAGGAGACACACCGAAAGUCAGAGCCAGAGCUGCAGAUCUUCUGAUCAACCCUCUAGAUCCGCGCAACGCAGACUCUAUUCGAGUCAAAAUCGCUGAUCUUGGAAAUGCAUGCUGGGUGCAUAAGCACUUUACAGAGGACAUCCAGACGAGGCAAUACCGCUCCAUCGAAGUCCUCAUAGGAGCCGGUUACAGCACUCCUGCUGACAUCUGGAGCACCGCCUGCAUGGCAUUUGAGCUGGCCACUGGAGAUUAUCUGUUUGAGCCUCACUCUGGAGAAGACUACUCCCGCGAUGAGGACCACAUCGCUCUGAUCAUGGAGCUCCUUGGGAAGGUCCCACGCAAAGUGGUCGCUGCUGGGAAGUACAGCCGAGAGUUUUUCACCAAGAAAGGUGAACUGCGGCACAUCACCAAGCUGAAGCCAUGGUCCCUGUUUGACGUGCUGGUGGAGAAGUACGGCUGGUCGCACGAAGAUGCCGGUCAGUUCACUCACUUCCUUCUGCCCAUGCUGGAGAUGGUGCCUGAGAAGAGGGCCUCGGCCGGCGAAUGCCUCAAUCACCCGUGGCUCAACUCCUAGCCACAAACACUGAGCAACGCCCUCCUCCUCUUCCCCCCUGCCCACCCAACAGUUAGCCCAAACACCACCCCCACCCUGGUGGCAGCCUUUGGAACCCCGAUGUGGAAAGAAGCUGGCAACAGAUGAGAAGGACCUCCUUAAUGCAUUAUCCCACAUAUCCAUUUCAUGCUUACCUGACAAUGCUUAACUCCCACAUUUCUUUUCCCAAAAGGAAUGUAAAAACGAACUUGUGGAGAUAAAAUGACAAAAACAAUCAGACUGUUGGAGGAUGAAUGCUGCCCACUUUGGAAAAGGGAGAAGUUGGGCUCUGCCUGAAAGAAAUGUGCUUUCUUCUCUUUUUCUGCCGUCAGGAUGCCGGUCAGUCUCUUACAUCUGUCUGUCUCUUCCUAAUUAUAAUUUUUUAAAAAUCUGUCUCGGGCGAUGGACAGCUGCUGAUCUUCUCAGUAUUUUGAAAGAAAAGUCAACAAGUAGCCUUGAUGCAUUGCUGAUGGCCCACAGCUCCAUCUGCCAUGACCUUUACACAGCCAGGGCCUCAAACUCAGAUGAGUGUGUGUGUGUGUGCGCGUGUGUGUGUGUCUUAUUGAGCAUGUGUGAAAAUGAGCGUACGUGCCUGCGCUUAAGAUCUGCCUACACAGACCCUCGUCUUUUUUCCCCCAAUCUAACUUCCUUUCCUAACCAUGGAAGAAGUUCCCAUAUCAGACUCCGAGUUUACACCCUAAUUUCUUCCAAGAAUCCCAAAACACCCAUCUGACCUGUUUGUUUCCCCACAUUGCCUCUCUCCCCUUCCUAAAUGAGCGUCAUGAUCCUGCCCGGGGGCUGCUGCAGAAAGCUGGAGGGCAGCCAGUCCUCCAGGGGGCAGCACACUGACAGAGGAGGACAGAAACAGUGCGGGCUGUGCAAAAAUACAAUCAGUUUAACAAAGAGGAGGACUGCUUGGUCUUUAGAGACUCUUUUUAACAAUGCAUGGAGAUGACUGAAGGAGCAGCAUGAAGGGAUAUGACAAACAAAUGAUGGAUGCUUUGUUUCCUGUUUCAUCACACCUCUUGGACAUUCUGUUAGAAAGAUUUACAUUAGGUUAGGAUAUUUUGGUGCCCCCAUCCCCCCACCCCCAAAAUGAAGGCGGCUACUUUACAGUCUCCUUCUCCACCAGCUUUUGACAUUCCUAAAUCUUGAUCCAUCAUUCCUUGACUUUUAUUCCCGAGAACACUUCUGUUAAUUCCUACUGUGGCACGUUUACCAGAACUUAUUGGUACUAUUCCCCCCUUUUUUGCCCUUAUAAAGAAACCCUUUUUUCCCUGAGCUUCUCCAGAAAUGGGAUGGUCACACGGAGGUUGCACUUGUCUUUGUAGAUGUCCUUCAGGGAUUUGAAACCUUUGUAUAUAGAACUGAGAUUUGGCAACACAGAUAAGCGACCGUGGACGACAUUUCAACAUGCAAGCAUCAUUCCAAAAAAAGAAGAAGAAAAAGACAGAAAAUACAGAGGUUGUUGGCAGAACUUGACUUCCUCUGAUAUAGUGUUUUUUUUUUGUUGUUGUUGUUUUUGGGUGGGCUGCCACAGCUCAACCCUGCAGGAAUGUUCAGACUGAACUGCGCCACCUGGUGGCUGGAUGAGAGUACUGCAUUGCCACACACUGCUGCUGCUCUCAGUGCCAACACUCCAAGACGUUCCACUGUAUCUCUCUACUUAAUCUGUAAUGCUCUGUCAAACACACAGACAACCACAAACUCGCAUCAUCACAAUUAGUCCAGUUGCCUAUUUUUUCGCAAUAAAUAAAAACAAAAGAUGAGUAUAAGUAAAUGGUGAGAUAUUUUUAAAAACUAUUUAAUUCAUUUAAAAAAAAAAAACGGAAAAAAAGAAAACUUUUCUCUGGUUGUCGUGACCGUGAACAGAAUCUCGUCUUAUACUGAGGUGAUUGUGUUUGUCUGUUAGAGAUGUUUUUAUUUCUUCUUUCAUUGCAAUUAUUAAUGAUGAUGAUGAUUAUUAUUAAGAGGUUUUGUUUUGGGUUUUUUUACACUUUGCACCUCUCCCCUCCCUCCCUACUUGAAUAGUGCUGCUUUGUCCAGGCCCUUGAUGGUGAUGGGAAAAAAAAAUUCAACAGUUUUGCAAUAAAGGAUUUUGUGAUGAGGUU